CAAUCAUGUAAUUAAAUCAGAAGAAUGCUGCGCGACACCUUCUUUCAUGGGUCAAUUUUGUAUGGCUUGAAAAAGAACGAAGUUUGCCCUUUAUGAUUAAGAGACAGCUAACUGAUGUGUACUGCAGAUGAAAUUGUGACUCCAGCCUAUGAGCGGCAGGGAAGGUUUGUCAAGGUCUAUGAUUUGAUUGAACAACUCCUUUCAAACCAUCAGUUCAUUGGCAAGGCAAUAUGUCUGAAAUUCACAGUACCUAACUUAGGAAAGGCGAACCGCAAAGAUUUCACAUGAAAUUACAUCCAUCUCGUUAUGUGUUCAAUGGUAAAUUGCACCGAGGUCGUACAGAGCAUGGGGCAAUAUCCUCCUGCCAGCUCCUCAUGGUCCUUCAUUGCCAGGAUCGAGCCACAAGCAUAAAGACAGCCGACUUCAUCAUGUUUGUCCAAGGCGCUGAAGGUGCCGGCGUGCAACAACAGUGGUAAAAAGAAGCAGAACCACUUUCAAAUAUAUAUUACAGAGAGAGAGAGAGAGAGAGAGAGAGAGAGAGAGAGAGAGAGAGAGAGAGAGAGAGAGAGAGAGAGAGAGGCAUUUCCUCUGUGCGGCUCAUGAAUAUCACGAAUAUAUAUAGCAUCACCACAAGCCAGUAGCAGAGCGCAAACAAGAAGACACCCUUCUCUCUGUCUCUCCUCUCCUCCCUCAUGGCGAUUGCUGCUGGAGGGGGAGGAGGAGGGCGCUUCCUAGCACGUCUCAUCGACUCAUCGGAGCCGUCGUCCUCCUCAUCCGCCAAGUCCUCUGCUUCCGGUCCAUCCGUGGCCUCCAGACUCUCAUUCCACUUCCCCACUCACAGGCAUCAGAGUUCAUGCUCAUUGUCCAUGAACGGCUGCGAAGGGGACCCCACGGCCCCCAUCGGCACCGCCGAGACCCGCACCUUCCCGGCCGUGGCGACACCAGGCCUCGCCGUGGACCGCCUCAGCUCCGCCGUCGCCGGCCUCAAGGCGAGCCCGCUGGGUCUCCGCUCCGGCAUUAUCCGCCUUCAGGUGCCGAUCCACGAGAAGAUCGAAGCGAUCGACUGGCUCCACUCUCAGCGCCAGCUCCUCCCCCGCUGCUUCUUCUCCGGCCGGAACUCCGCCGGCGGCAGCUGCUCCGAUUGCCUCCUCGAGCCGUCCUCGGCCGCCAGCGGCAACGGCAACGGGCACGGGCAUCUCCGCCGCCGGACGGGGCACAGGCUGGUCAGCGUCGCCGGCGUCGGAUCCGCGGUGUUCUUCCGCCGCGUUAGCCCCUUCUCCUAUGAAGAUUGGUUGUCCAUCAAAAGGUUCCUCUCCACGAGCUGCCCUUUAAUCCGUGCUUAUGGGGCGAUUCGCUUUGAUGCGAGAUCGAAUGUGUCGACAGAGUGGGAGGCUUUCGGCUCUUUCUACUUCAUUGUUCCUCAGGUUGAGUUUGAUGAGCUCGAAGAGAGCUCUAUGCUUGCAGCUACUAUUGCGUGGGACAAUGCUCUUUCUUGGACUUGGGAAAAGGCCAUAAGUUCGCUGGAAGCUACGAUAAACCAGGUAUCGUCACUUGUAAUGAAGUUAAGAAAGCAAGUGCCUAAAGCAUUCAUCUUAAGUAAUAAUCACGUUCCCAGCAAGAACUGCUGGGGUCUUGCAGUGAAGAGAGCUUUGCAAAUGAUUAAUGGAGAUGACUCUGCCCUCAUUAAGGUUGUGCUAGCACGAAGCAGCAGAUUCCUUACUGCUACAGACAUAGAUCCUAUAGCAUGGCUCGCUUGUUUACAGAUUGAAGGGGAAAAUGCUUAUCAGUUUUGUCUUCAGCCACCUAAUGCUCCAGCAUUCAUUGGAAACACGCCAGAGCAACUAUUUCACAGAACCAGGCUUAGUAUCAGCAGUGAGGCUUUGGCUGGAACACGUGCUAGAGGUGAAUCAGGGGCUUCGGAUCUCCAAAUAGAACUUGACUUGCUUUCAAGUCCGAAGGACCAUCUUGAGUUUACUAUAGUGAGGGAGAGCAUAAGAAGAAAAUUAGAGGCUGUAUGUAGCGGAGUGGUUGUAGAACCAAGAAAAGCAAUUCGAAAACUUUCUAGAGUUCAACAUCUACAUGCUGUACUGGCUGGUACAUUGAGAAGUGAAGGCGAUGAGUUUGACAUUUUGUCUUCUCUCCACCCGAGUCCAGCAGUUUGUGGAUUUCCAACAGAAGAAGCAAGGCUGUUAAUUGCUGAAACUGAGGUAUUUGACCGAGGAAUGUAUGCUGGACCGGUGGGCUGGUUUGGAGGAGGAGAGAGUGAGUUUGCUGUUGGUAUUAGGUCAGCUUUGGUUGGAAAGGGCCUUGGUGCUUUAAUUUAUGCUGGGACUGGGAUAGUGGAAGGAAGCAAUCCAUCUUCCGAGUGGGAUGAACUGGAAAUCAAGAUAUCUCAGAUGAGAGCGCCUGCAAAGUGCAUGAGUCUGGUUACUCAUGUCACUAGCUCUGCUCAAAUUGCAUCCUUCUCAUUCACAUUUCCAGUUGGACUUCCAGAUUCAGCAAAGAAGGUUCCAUUUGAUGUUAGGUCUUCCUUGGAUCUCCGUACUACCACACACUUUCUGGUGCAUAGUCCCUCUUGGUCACGCAAAUAAGAGACGUAAUCGGCAUUCCAAAUUUAUUCAUUUAGUAUCGAGCAUUUCGUUUGUGCAGAAAACUGGAAUCAAAUAAAUGUGCAGGCAUGCAGUGUCUGACAUCGUCUUCAUGUAUGUGAAUCAUUUUUUCAUUCUUAGUUGAUUUCUCGGGGAUGAUUGAAGAAA